AUGAUGCCCCCCAUAAUCGGGGAAACACUGCGCGUGUGGUUUCUCUCGGCGCUGGUCGUUCACGGAGCCGUCGCCGGGAAUCCGGACGCGAAGCGUCUCUACGACGACCUGCUGUCUAACUACAACAAGCUCGUACGCCCCGUGGUGAACACCUCGGAUGUGCUGCGCGUGUGCAUCAAGCUCAAGCUCUCGCAACUCAUCGAUGUGAACUUGAAGAACCAGAUCAUGACGACGAACUUGUGGGUCGAACAGUCAUGGUACGACUACAAACUGCGCUGGGAGCCGAAGGAAUACGGAGGUGUUCACAUGUUGCACGUGCCCUCCGAUCACAUAUGGCGGCCCGACAUAGUGCUCUACAACAACGCGGACGGCAACUUCGAGGUGACCUUGGCCACGAAGGCCACGAUCUACCAUCAAGGAUUGGUCGAGUGGAAGCCGCCGGCCAUAUAUAAGUCAUCCUGCGAGAUCGACGUGGAGUACUUCCCAUUCGACGAGCAGACCUGCGUCCUCAAGUUCGGUUCGUGGACCUAUGACGGCUUCAAGGUCGACCUGAGACACAUGGACGAGAAAGCCGGGAGCAACGUUGUGGACGUGGGAGUCGAUCUGUCCGAGUUCUACAUGUCCGUAGAAUGGGAUAUUCUAGAAGUGCCUGCAGUUCGAAACGAGAAGUUUUACACCUGCUGUGACGAGCCCUAUUUAGACAUCACGUUCAACAUUACGAUGAGAAGGAAGACCCUCUUCUACACGGUGAACAUCAUCAUCCCCUGCAUGGGGAUUUCGUUUCUCACGGUUCUCACGUUUUACCUGCCCAGCGACAGCGGCGAAAAGGUAACUCUCUCGAUCUCGAUUCUCAUCAGCCUUCACGUGUUCUUUUUGCUGGUCGUCGAAAUCAUCCCGCCGACAUCGUUGGUCGUGCCGCUGCUUGGAAAGUACCUGAUAUUCGCCAUGAUACUCGUCUCGAUAAGCAUAUGUGUUACUGUUGUCGUCCUCAACGUCCACUUCCGCUCGCCGCAGACGCAUAAAAUGCCACCCUGGAUGAAGAGAGUUUUUAUACAUAUUCUUCCGCGACUCUUAGUCAUGAGGAGGCCGCAGUAUAAAUUCGAAACCAACAGGUACACUUCCGGCAGAGUGCUAAUGAGGACCGUCAGGGGGAAGGAGAAGACCUGCUAUUAUCCUUACCAGCCGUCUACCCAGGAGGACAGCGAGGAGCAUCUCACAUCCAAGAGAUUUCACAGCCGUCCUUCGUCAAAGGAAGACCUCUCGCCUUCCAGCCUUACAGACGGUGCGAGGUUUGGCGGUAGCUGCCUCAUCCACGGUCCUCCUCUGCCACCCCUGCCGUUGCAAACCGAGUGCGAGGAUCUCUCGGUUGCCGGAGACGCAGGCAUAGAGGAAGUGAAGAGCCCGGUGCUACGAAGCCCUCCUGCCUUCUCGCACUCCCGCUGUCCGCCGGAAGUGCAUAGAUCCUGCAUCUGCGUGCGUUUCAUUGCCGAGCACACCAAGAUGCUCGAAGAUUCGACCAAGGUCAAAGAGGACUGGAAGUAUGUGGCGAUGGUCCUGGACCGGCUGUUCCUUUGGAUCUUCACUCUGGCGGUCUUGGCGGGCACCGCCGGCAUUAUACUGCAGGCGCCCACGCUCUACGACGAUCGGGUGCCGAUCGACAAGAAGUUCAGCGAAUUUGCGACCACGACUGUGGUGAAGUGUCCGCCCCAGUAGUCCAUGCCCGAGCCCUGCACCGUAGAGAAAGACUAAGGACCAGAAGCCCGGACCCCCUUAGUCCUAGUCUUAGGAGAGUCCGUAAGCUCCACUUCCUUAUCCUCCUCAACGACGAAAUUACGGCAAAAGGGCUCCGAUCUUGCCGAUGAGAAAUGACUGUGAAGAAUACGGGUGCGAAAACGGGCGAAAACGGGCGUGACCGUGACACGCGUUCUCACGAAGUAAAACGAAGGUUAAAAAUCGGGAGGGAGAGAGAGAGAGAGGGAGAGAGAGAGAGAGAGAGA